AUGCAUUCAUUCAUUCUAUUUUUGUUCCUAUCAUAUGGAAUACAACUACGUUCAAUACAAUGUAUUGAUGAUCUGGUAUAUAACACAACCACAACUAUCCAUACAAAAUUGACAUAUGUCCUAGCAACUCGAACUCCAACAUGUGCAAUUUAUAUUCCAUCAGAAUGUAGUGACAUUAUCUAUUGUUAUCAUCGUUUUACAUGUAUAUGUUCAAUAAAAUGUACAAAUUUAAAUCAUCCACAAUUGUGGCCAAAUGUUCUCGAAUUAAAUUUGGUCAAUAUUCAUAUUAAUUUAUUAGAUGAUUAUGUUUUAUAUAAUUUAACUGUUGUACAAACAUUAAAUUUCAAACAAUCAUAUAUAGAAGUAAUUAAUAGUAAAACAUUUUUAUAUAUGCCAUUUUUAAAACAAUUAUCAUUUGAAAAAUCGUAUAUAUGUGUAUUACAAGAUGGUGCUUUCUAUAAUAAAUAUUUAGAACGUUUAGAUUUAAUUCAAACAAAAAUAAAUUAUAUUGCUGAUGAAUUUUUAUUUUUUUCCUCAUCAUUAAAUCUUUAUGAUACAUCAUUGACAACUUUGACAAUAAUCAAUACAAAUUUAACAAAAUUACCAUCAGAUAUUAAAUAUUUAAAAAAUUUAAUUAAAUUAACCUUAAUUAAUAAUUGGUUAACAUAUAUUGAUGAAAAUAUAAUUAAACAAUUAAAAAAUUUAAAAUAUUUAUAUAUUGAUGAAAGUUUGUUAAAAUGUCAAUGUGAUUUACAAUGGUUAAAAGAUUUACAAACAAACAAAUCGAUAAAAAUAAUUAAUGAUCCAAUUUGUUUGUAUAAUGAUCAAACAUUUAAAUUACAUGAAAGUCUAUUGUGUACAAAUUGUUGUUUAAAUAAAAAUGAUUGCCUUCGAGGAGAAUAUUGUGUUGAGAGAAAUAAUAAUUGUUUAUGUAUCUCAAAACCAAAUUAUGAAUAUAUCUUUUAUGAUGAUUAUUAUGAUCGUCCAGUUUGUAGAAAUAGAACAUUUACUGAAAUUUAUAUGUAUCCAAAACCAAAACCAAAAUUAAAAGGUAUUCUAUAUAAUAAUCCAAAACGACAAGAUUUAUUUCAACGACUCGAUGAUCCAUUUUCAAAUAUUACAAUUAAUUCUAAACUUUAUUCAUCUUUUUCCAAUACAUCGUGUGCAUUAUUUAAUACAUAUUCUAUGAAUAAUUAUAAAUACAAAAUAGCAUGUCCAUACUCGUUGGUACAUCUAAUAGGCACAAAAUAUUGUACAUGGUUUGAUAAUGAAACAUGUAAUAAAGCACCAACAUCUAGUAAGUUAUUUUAUGAAAUAAUAGGCGACUUACAACAAGGAACAUGUAGCUCAACUAUCAAGAGAUUGGCAGACAUGAGUUUUAGUUGUCCAGUAGAUCUUUAUAGUUUAACAGAUCAAGAUAUCAAUAUUGAAUUUCAACGUCGAUGGCGUGAUGAAUUUUAUCUUCCUCUACCACUUUCAUUUACAUCUCUCUAUUUUUAUAACGCAUUAGAUUAUUAUAAAAAUCAAAUUAAUCGUCAUUAUAUAUUUGACUUAUUAUCAGAAAAUAUUUUUCGUCACAAUCGUUUUGAUUGUUAUACAUAUCAUCGAUGUGUCUAUGAUAAAUACAAUUAUAAAUUGGCAUACAGUUAUUUAUUACGUUGUAUAAAAAAUAAUGUAUUCAAUAUUUAUUAUUCAUCGUGCAUUAAUCAAACAAUGUAUUACUAUUAUCAAGUUGAAUCAACACAUCCAACAUAUCAUAUUAGAGAAAAAUGUAAUGAAAAUUUACGUUAUUCUUAUAGUUAA